AGUUUUCCUUCUCGCUGAUGACAAAAGGAAAAAUAUUUAGCAUAGCCGAAGCGUAACUACACAAGAAGGAGGAGCAGCGUUCAAUUAUCUAUGAGAAUACGAUAAAAGAAAGAAAAACAUUACGCCGAUACUUUAAUGCGUUCGCGUUCGUUCUAUGUGAUGUUCCCCCGGCCGUAUUGCAUGUGAAUCUAGCUAGUGGCCGCUGGUUUCAUUGUGUUUGCCAUCAUCUAGCCGCGCGUUCGGCAUCCAUUCUCGUUACUUCGCCCAACUGAGAGGGCGAAUGAAGGGAAUUGCCUGAAUUCGAGGCCAGAAUCAAAAUACGAAGCGAAACGUAAUAAGGAUCCUCGCAGGCAAUGUCCAGGGAGCAGAUCAAUCGUGUGAACAGCGUGCUACCGCCCUUCGUUACUGCAAUAGACAUCAACGAAAUUGAACAGAUUGCAACCGUCGGUAAAGGUUCUUACGGAACAGUAAUUAAAGCGAAAUGGAGAAACAAAUACGUCGCCGUGAAAUACCUGGAGUCACACUCCAUUACCGAACACGCAUUUACCGCCGAGGUGAGCCACUUGUCCCGUGUGGCACAUCCCAACAUAAUCGAGCUUUACGGAGCUUGCACGGAAUCACCGCACGUUUGCCUCGUGAUGGAGUACGCGGACGGUGGCUCACUUCACAAAGUGCUGCACUGUAGGCCACGGCCCGUCUAUACAGCCGCGCAUGCAAUGAGCUGGGCGCGGCAAUGCGCGGAGGGUGUUGCCUAUCUGCACGACAUGACCCCCCGACCCAUGAUCCAUCGCGAUCUGAAACCACCGAACCUGCUGCUGGUCAACAAUGGUACCGUGCUGAAGAUAUGCGACUUCGGUACAGUCACGGACAAAUCGACGCUCAUGACCAACAACAAGGGCAGUGCCGCGUGGAUGGCGCCGGAAGUGUUUGAAGGUUCGUCUUACACCGAAAAGUGUGACGUGUUUAGCUGGGGUAUCAUCCUGUGGGAGGUGAUAGCGCGCGAACAACCGUUCAAACACAUCGACACGUCGUACGCGAUCAUGUGGCGCGUGCAUCGUGGUAGCCGGCCACCGCUCAUCGAGCACUGCCCAAAACCGAUCGAACAGUUGAUGAUACAGUGCUGGGACAAGGAACCGAUCAGACGCCCCUCGAUGAAGGAGGUGGUCGGCGUGAUGAACGAACUGUGUAAGCUGUUUGUGGGCGAAAAUGAACCAAUCGGUAACGAGUUUCUACCCGAAGAUGAGGAUGACUCGUACAGGAUGGCUUAUCCAAGCGAAAGUAUCGUUUCGGAAAGCAUGGACAACGGGCUAGAUACGAACAACAGUCGAUCGGGAACGAUCACUAAUAACAACAGCACGGUACAGCGGAUACGCGACAUGCCGCUGAGGGAUAGUCCACUAAGAAAUGUGCCACCAAGCGUACUGCAACCGCUACACAUCGAGGUGAACCCGUUUGACCAACCAAUGGACCUUGGAAGCGGUAUUCUACAUCCAGCCAACAACCAGGGCACAGAAGGAUUGACUGUGACAAAAUGUACCAACGCCCCGAUGGAUAGUGUCAGCAGCAUCAACAGUUCGAUCACCUUUGGCAACCCCCCGGCGGCACCAGGCGGCAUCAUACCGCCAGCACAUCAACAGUACGAUCCCGGUUGCAGGAACGCCGCGACAAACGCCGUUGCUCCAGUGAACGACAACGCGGACGAUGGCGCUGAGGAAGUGGAACGGAGGGAAGGCGUUGCUGGUGGAAGAGGAGAGCGUAACAGCACGAAACAAAGCGAGGCCGCCCUCAGCGACACAUUGUACAGUAUUUUAGAUCCAAACCUAAGACCCUUAACGCCGGUGCCAAACAAUCCGCUAUCGGAGCAGAUACACAACGAGCACAAGAUGUUGGUGCAAAAGUAUUUUGAGUUUGAAACACAGAUCGUUACCAGUAUGGCGCAACGGGAGAUGCUGCAAAACAAUAUGAAGCUGGAAGAGUUGCAGUUAAAGAAGGCGUACAUUAAGCGGCUCGAGGAACGAGAAGCACUACAAAAGUUCAAGGCAAAUCUACAGAAACAGCUGAACGACAAGAAUCGGCAGCAGCAAGCGAGACAUCAACAGCAGCAGCAGCAACUGCAGCAGCAGGUAUUGCUGCCUCCACCGCCGCUGAAUCGACAGGAAUCAGACUCCGAAUGGGUGAUAAUACAACCGGCGGACGCCAGACCAAAGACAGACAAUCACAACUAGACCCUAACCGAUCCCCCUUUUCUUAAACAACUAGGAUUAAUAAACAUUGUGCUAUUUGA